GGAAGCGGCGGAUGGUAAUGCAGCUGUCGUCUUGAAGGGUACGUACCGGUGCCGGAUUAACUGUUUGCAGACAAUAUUAGUUUUUCUUGCAUCAUGGCAGAAAAGGACGUGGAAAGCUUGAGAAGUUUCCUUCAAAGAUUCAGCUUGGGUGAGGGCAGUGAUGCCCAAGAAGAAAAGUCUAAACCAGAACAACUGCUAAAAGAACUCACUCUUCAGGGUGUUGCGGACUUCGUUAAAGAAGGAAAAUGUAAAAAGGUGAUUGUCAUGAGUGGAGCUGGAAUAUCCACAUCUGCUGGAAUUCCAGAUUUCAGAAGUCCAGGUACAGGUCUGUAUGACAACCUGCAGAAAUACAACUUACCAAAUCCACAAGCCAUCUUUGAAAUUGGUUUCUUCAGGGAGAAUCCAGAACCUUUCUUUACCCUAAGUAAAGAGUUGUUUCCAGGAGCGUUCUUCCCAACCCCAAGCCACUUCUUCAUCCGUUUGCUUCAUGAAAAGGGAAUCUUGCUAAGACACUACACUCAGAACAUUGAUACCCUAGACCGAAUAGCAGGUGUACCAGAUGAAAAGAUCAUGGAGGCCCAUGGAUCCUAUCACACCGGUCACUGCUUGAACUGUAAUGAGGAGUACACAGAAGAGUUAAUGAGAGAGAAAAUCAUGGCUGAUUUAAUUCCAAAAUGUGCAAAAUGUGAUGAAGGAGGAGUCAUCAAACCAGAUGUGGUAUUCUUUGGUGAAUCACUCCCUCACCUUUUCCCUCGUUUGGUGUCUGAGGACUUCCCACAAUGUGAUCUCCUUAUCGUGAUGGGUACUUCACUUGUCGUCCAGCCUUUUGCAUCCUUGGUUGAUAAAGUGCCAGAAACAACUCCCAGAUUACUGAUCAAUAUGGAGAAAACUGGACAGGUUGAUCCAAUGAUGAUGAUGUUUGGUUUUUCAUCGGGUAUGGACUUUGACUCCGAUGACAAGUAUAGGGAUGUCGCCUACAUCGGCCCAUGUGAUGAAGGAUGUGAGAAACUUGCUGAUCUAGUCGGUUGGAAGAAAGAUUUUGCAGCUCUUGUCAAAGAAGGUGAAGCACAAAAACAGAAAAAACAAGGCAAAUCUGUCAAGAAAAAUAAUGACCCUGCAUCGUCUUCAACAGCCAAAACUCCAUCUCCAUCAAAGAAGUCUUCUGCAUCACCAACAAGUGAACAGAAACCCAAAACAUCAUCUCCAUCAAAGAAGUCUUCAGCAUCACCAACAAAGGACCAGAAACCCAAAACAUCAUCUCCCUCAAAGAAGUCUCCUGCAUCACCAACAAGUGACCAGAAACCCAAAACUGCAUCUCCAAACAAAAAAUAUCCUGUUUCACCAACCAAGGAUAAAAAAUCGAAAGUAUCUCCUACAAAGAAAACUCCUGUAUCUCCUUCAAAGGACACGAAACCCAGCUCCAAGAAGGAUUGAUGAUCAAGAGACUUCACAAAACAACUGAAGGAAUGGCAGCUUUUGAAGUUCCAUUUUUCUUUUUAAAGAUAUAGAUAUCUGAAUUAUUGAGGAAAGUUAUUUUUUAUACCAAUCAAAUUGUAGCCAAAAGAAAUUUGUCACUUAUUUAAUAUUCUCAUAUUAAGUUAAAGGAAAAUUCAACGUUUGUUGAUUUUAGUGAAAGGAGAAAAAUGAGAAUUGGUGGUGAAACCACUCUUCGUGUACCUAAUUAUUUGUAUUUUUUCACAUAGUUUAGACUUGAGGCGCCGCUUUUCCGACGGCGGCGUUGUUGUCAACAUUGAACUCUUAACUAAGGUUAAGUUUUUGAAAUGUCAUCAUAACUUAGAAAGUAUAUGGACCUAGUUCAUGAAACUUAGGCCGUGUUUAUGCUUCCACUUUUCAGGCCAGAAUCAGCGUUUCCAAACGUGAUUAGUCCAAAACACGGUUGCGUCCAUGCUUACUUUCAUUUAAACGCUGUUUCAAAACGCCGAUCGUAAACUCACGAAAAGGUGCGUUUGUAUACGUCGUUUGACCAGAAUCAGGCUUUCUGGGGAAGUAUAAACAGAACAACGAUCGUAAACGUGUUUAAAUUACGUCAUUUGGUACAUGCUUCCGGUGAGAUGAAAAUCCGCGGGCAAAUACAAUCGCAUUGCUCCAUGGUCGCAUGUUACCUCCACGGAAUCACCUCUCACCUCCCUUGUUUUGCAUGUUUAGUACUAUUACUAGUAUUACUCUUCCAAUUUGUCAUCACGAUGAACGUUGAGGGAUUUACACCAAAAAACCCGGAAUAUGAGUUAUAAUGAGGAGACAUCGCCAGAUGCCCCAGUAGCAUAAACAAAUUGAUAUUUUAUUAUUUUGUAUACUUAAUAUUCUUUAUUUUUUCUUACUAUUAUCCUCACCAUGGUGGAAAUUAUGUGGCUAUAUCAAGAAGCUCCAUGCAAUGACUAAAAUAUCGGAAAUUGUUAGAUGUUUAUAUAACAGUCGACGUACCUUCCCCAUAAGAACACUCGGAAAAAUAACUUUCGAGAAAGGGCGCGCCCAAUUUGACCUUGCUUUCCUGCUCAACGAAAAUUACGAUGCGAAGCCAGCUGGAGAUCGUGAUUUCACCUAUGAAAAGUUAAGCAUAAACAGCACUCCCAGAACCACGUUUACGAUCGGCGUUUUGAAUCGACGUUUGAAAACGCUGAUUCCGUCCUCGCAAUGGAAGCAUAAACACACCCUUAAACAUCAGGGUAAUCAAGUAUUACUGAACAUCCUGCCUGAGUUUCAGGUCGCGUGACCAAGGUCUAAGGUCAAUUCAAUUUGAAUCCACAUUUGAUUUUUUUUUUAUUGUUUUUUUUUUUGAAAAUAUUUUCUUUGAAACAACUCCACCUGUGUUGGAUUCUGCUUUUUUAACUCAGAUAAAAAUCUAGACUAAACAAUAAUUGCAGCCCACACUUGAAUGGAAUUUCAGCUUUCAUCUUCAUUCGAUUCAUGGCAAAAGUGAAAUUAAUUUCAUUUUUGAAAUUUGAUUGUGAAAUUAGUCUUUAGAUCCUAGCACACUUUUCACUGCAAGAUUUAUUUGUACUUGAGGAUGGUGUUGACAAUUAACCGACUAUAAAAGUCUGAUUUAAGUUCACUUAGCAAUGUCAGUGUUGUAAGAAUACCAACAUUUGAUUUAUAUAAAGUGAUCAUGAUCAGCUAGGAAAAUUUAGCUUUUCAAAGAGUUAUUAGUACUUCAACUUAGUUGAGGGAAAUUUUAAGGGGGGGGGGGGAGGUGUGGGGGACACAUUUAGUCCUUCACCAGAUUAUUGCCUAGCAUCUUAGGUAGGUUUUUUGAUAGAAUUACAUAAUAAGCCUGUUCACGGUUGUAAACUGCGCACGAGUAGAAAAAGGUCAUUGGAGACAACCAUGAAGGUGGCUUUCAAAUUCACUGACAUAGGCAUUUGUGAUUUGAUGAUUAUUCAUGUAUUCCUUUCAAAAUAUUUAUCACAUCCAAGCUGAAGAGUAAUAAAUAGAGCCUUCAUAAUCACUGGUAUUUGACAGUAGCCUAAACAAUAGUCAAAUGUGCCAAAGGCAGACAAUAAAACAGAUUUCCAAACUUUAUCCCUGAUGUACUAUUCUAGUCACCCGGUCUACACAAUGCCUUUUGUUCUUAGAAUUUGAAUACUCUACUGGUAAAGCUUACGCAACAUCUACGUUUGAAAAUGAUAGUGCUUAUCCUAAUGAAAAAUCACAAAGGUCAUUUGAGAAAAGUUGAUCAUGAGCUAACCGUGAACUGGCUUAUUACAAGGUGCUAAGGCUUUCUAUUUCCAUAUGUUUUGGAAAUAUAUACUGUGUACUAGUAAAUAUUACUAGUACAAAUGUUAUCUAUAUUUAUGCAAGUGUAUUUUGUAAAGGGAAAUACACUAUUGGAUACUCCUAAAAAUUGAAUUUGAACCAUGCAAUGUGUCAAUUUAUUCUUCAAGGAAACUGAAUAAAAAUACCAGUAAUGGCUAUUCAAUAUAUAUUCAAUAUAUAAUGAAUUCUAUUCAUUAUAUAAGCAUGUGGUCCAACAAAAUUUGCACGUGUUACACCUCUGUAAGUUAUAUUUGCCUUUCUUAAACAUGCAAUGACAUAAUAAUUGAUGGUAGUUGCCACUAGGAAGUCUCAAAUUAAUUGUCUUCCUCAUCUCGACAAGAGUUAAUGCCUCUGAAAUCAUUUCUACCUUGAAUUUCAUGAUGAUGACAUUGAUGUCAAGCAUUUAAUUUGUGCACAAAAUUGUGUACUUUUUAUGAAGAUAUAUGAACUUGUUAUCUGUCAUGCUGAAACUCGGAUUCAGAUUGGUGAUCUCAAAAGGUACAAUAAGUGUGCUGACUGCUGAAGUCCUCUUAAAGACAAAUUUCAGUGGUGCGAGGUUUGAGGUUUAUAGCCGAUUUCAGCUAUUUUUGGUUUUGAUUUUCAGCUUAAUUUCAGCUUAUUUCCACUUUCCUCUAUAUAAUAGUAUGAGAGGUCUUUAAUUUUCAACUUUUUUUUUCAACAGUCUUUAAGAUCUUUUUAUUUGUGAUCCCUCAUACUCCUGUGUCUUGGAGGAAAGUGUGAGACCCAUGUAACAAAAGUUUCCAUACAAUAUUUUUAUGAGAAAUUUUCUAAAUCUAAACUGGGUUCCAAAAGAAACUUAUCAAACUUUGCAAGCGCACGACACAAAUUGCACUCAGUCAAAAUGAACAAACGUUUGACACAGGCUAGCUUCAAUAAUCUUUACUAAGCACAUGUCAAUAAUUAAAAGAUUGGUUUUAUAACAAAGAGGAUGUAGCCUCUCAAACCAAAUGGUUCCAGAAUCCAAAGUCACAAAUGCCAAAAGAAAGACCAAUGAAAAUGGAUUAAACAAACUUACCCGUUGGCGUUUAUAAAAGUUCACAGUAUGACCAUUGGCAUGUUUAAUUGAUUGCCUCAAUAACUAAGAAGUUACUGGAAGUUAAAAUUAACAUUUUAAACACACCAUUGAGGUAAAAAAAAAAAGGAUAAUGUAUGAAUUUGUGUCGUGCGCUUGUGAAGUUGAUAAGUUUCUGUUGGAACCCAGUUUAGAUUAGGAAAAUUUCUCAUAAAAAUAUUGUAUGAAAACUUUUGUUAAAUGGGUCUCACACUUUCCUGUUGGAACCCAGUUUAAAUAUUAAUUAUAGAGCAUCUCUUUUGAAUUUAUCAAGUAUUCAACAUUAAGGAGGACUUUAAAAAUUAUUUCUGCUUGUUGAAAUAUUGUGCUAGAAUGUUUUUUAUUCAUUGUUAAUCAUUUGAUGUAUGGUUUAUAUCUUGCAUGUAUAUCUUAGUAAUUUUACAGUGUAGUGAUCACCAUGUAAUCUGAGGGUCAUGUGUUUUGAUUCACUCUGUAGUACUAGAGUCUUCUGGCAAGGCUUCAAAUCUACACUUGUUAGGCAUGUGUUUGAAGAGUCUCCAUCAGGAUUUUAAAAAAUCAAUGAAUACCCAGCAUUUGAGCUUUGAAGAUCAUUGAGGGCUCUAUAAAACACUUGGAAAUGUGGUCACAGUUUGUUUCAGGUAUAAAAUAUGUACAGUGAAAUGUGUUUUUUAUUGAAAGUAUAAGUAUUUUGUAUUACAAAUAUGUUCAAAGGUGAUGUGGUAAAGUUGUUUUAUUUAAAACUUGUUUUAAAUAGGUAUAUUGUUUAAUAGAGUGAUACAGGUGUUUUUAUUCAGGAUAAGAAGUGCAAUGUGUACAGUAAAAAAUAAGACGAUGUAAAACUUAACUUAAGUCAGUUAUAUUUAUAGAUUUGGCCAAUUUGCUCAUGAAGACAAAGUAUUCUGUCACAUGAAUUUAAUUUCACCACUCUCACUCUCUAUGACUUUUCAAGGAGCUUUUUUAUUGUUGCAAUCAUUGGCAAGCCUUUCUUAAGGUUGAUGAUAUCAAGUGCAAUCUC